AUGGAUAAGAUUUGGUCCAACUUAUACAAAAAAUAUAAAAAAGAAACUGGGCAUGAGCCAUGGCAAUUAUCAGAAGAUCACCUUCUCAUAAAUUCAAAGCCAGAAAACAAAGUAUCCUAUUUAUCUUCUUCUGAGCCUAUAACUUUUGAAGUCAGACCUGAUCCAGAAUUAAUUAUCAAAUCCAUCUUAGAGCACUUCCCAUACUUGAAAUUUGGAAAUAGUUUCAGAGGGAUUGAUAAUUAUGAUUUUACAUCACCUCUGCCGUGGAAUUCACCAUGUCCUAUUUGCGAUGGAAAACAUGGGAAUUAUGGAUUACAUGACGAACGGUACCACAAAAAUGGGAAUCAGUUCCCUUAUGAUCCUGAAUUAGCGAAAUUGUAUUCCCAAGUUAAGUUGGAAUAUUAUCUUACUUGCUUCACUCCAAGCAAUAAAUUCAAAUUCGCGAUCGUAGCAUAG